AUGAUAGAAAGCUUCCGGUGGAGGGGGGAGCACCCCGCCCCCCAGAGCCCCACGGGCUGCGGCUCUACUCCCCAGAUCCCAGUCGCUGGGGGUCGCGACCACGGAGCGGCCGAAGCGGGGCGGGAGGAGGUCGUGCCACCCGGGGAGGGUGUGGAAGCAGCCUCUGCGUCUGCGGCAGCAGACAGCAGCCUGAAAAAUGGCUUUCAGCGUGCAACUGGUGGGGAGAAGGCCCUAGAAACCUGUGGCCCAGAGCGGUCGGGGUCUGAGCUGAUGAUGACUGGGGCGAAGGCCGCGGAAGCGAAGACUGAAAGGGGCACCGUCUUCUCAGAAGCAGUGGACGAGUAGGAGAGGGUUGAAGUGGAGGAGAAGCCAGUGGGUGAGGAAAUGGAAGUGGUGGAGGAGCACAGAGGGGUAAACGAGGUGAAGGACGAGGCAAGGCCCCGGCAGAAUGAGGGUCUCCACCUGAAUCCCCUGGAGGCCAUCCAGCUGGCUGUACCCCCUCAGGCUGACCGGGCCUUCCUCCAGUUCGGGCGCAAUUUUGGGCGCAUGCGUCAACACUACCUACAGUGGAGGAACAUCCCGGGCUUCUGAGUCACUACCGUUCGGAACCACCCACAGCUAUCUGCCCUGAUUAGAGGCAGAGAUGCAGAGAUGUUCAGGUACGUAGCGAAUUAGGAGGUGAAGGAACUCAGACAUCCUAGGAUGGGGUGCAAGUUCAAGUUCUUCUUUCGAAGAAACCCAUAAUUCUUCUUUCGAAGAAACAACUGGACUGUGAAGGAGUACGAGGUCAGAUCCUCUGGGCACGUGGUGUUUCUUUCCACUCCGAUCAUAUGGCACCCGGGCCGUGAACCCCAGGCCUUCCUUUGUAGGAACCAAGACCUCAUGUGCAGCUUCUUUGCCUGGUUUUCAGACCACAGCCUUCCAGAGUCUGACAGGAUUGCUGAGAUUAUCAAAGAGGACCUCUGGCCAACUCCACUGCAAUACUACCUAUGGGAUGAAGGAGCCCAUAGAGCUAGACUUCUCCAGACAAGGGAGCCAGCGGAGAUACCCAGGCCCUUUGGCUUCCAAUCUGGUUAA